AUGGCUCCGGAAUCCUCGUCGCCGGACCCCUACUCCGAGCUCAUCGCAGCUUGCGAUACUCCGGCCAAGAUGCAAGCCGCCUACAUAAACCACAGAACAAACCGCGGCGCCCAACAAGCCUCCCUCUUCGCCUCCCCGACCUUUCCCGGCGUGACCAAGGACCACUACCUCUCCAUUACGGAAUUCUCCAAAACGGGCAAAGACCUUUCCGGCGUCCCCCUUGAUCCCCGGAACAGCAUUACGCUAUGGGGCCGGCCGCCCGAGCAUAUUCUCAAGAUGGCCUCGGCCAUCCCCGCCCUCGUCAACUACGCUUACGCGAACCGCACUCGACUCGUGAAGCCCAUGGUCUCCUACGACGCCACCGGCGUAGCCCUCACCUUUGUUCCCGCCGCUGGCGAGCCACGCACCUCCCGUGACCCGGACCCGGCGGGCAUCCCGGACUUCGCCCCUACGAAUCAGCAGCACCUUCGUCAAGCUCCCGUGGAUUGUGACGAGUACACCUACCACCACCUCCGCCGGGACGUCUACAAAAUCAUUACCAGUUGUUUCCCAUCCGCCCCCGAGGCGCGGUACCAGUAUCCCUCAGCCCACAUUACUUUGGGUCGUUACCUCGCCCUGGAGGACUAUUCUACACCGGAGAAACGAGAGAGGUGGAUCGCCGCCGUGGAUGACAUCAAUCGAUGGCUCGAAGAAGAGGUGUGGACUGAUCGAAGUGAGUUCGUUGGCGAAUGGAUCCUUGGCCAUGAAAAAGGGCUAGAGGUCAGAGCCGGCAUGUUGUGGUAUGGUGGUGGUCGAAUGAUUAUGGCAGGCGAAGGUUUCUAA